UGACACACGAAAAGCUGAAGCGAACAGAAACUCUUUUCAUGUGUUGAUGUUUUGUUGUACUGGACAUGAACUGGAGGAAUGGAUUGGCUGAGGUACUAAGAAAUGAGAGAUUUUUGAAAAUGAAUCUUCAUUGAUGGAUAUUGACGAGUGGAAAUGUGGAGUGUAAGUUUGUCUGAAGUCAGGAUGGGCAGAGGGGCUCUUUACUUGGUUUUGCUUCUGCUGGCCUACUGCACUGGAGGGAAAUGCGAGAUUCAGGACACAAAUCCUUUAUCAGUGACCAAUGUCCCUGCCGUCAAACCUGACAACAAUCAACCUCAGGCCUUCCCGAGUGAGGAAAAGAAUAACCUUCCGGUGUUCAUGAUGGACUACCCUCGGAUCCAGCUCCCAUUUGAGUUCACACUCUGGGUAUUGCUGGCCUCCUUUGCCAAAAUUGGGUUUCACAUCUACCAUAAAGUCACCAUCUGGAUCCCAGAGUCCUGCCUCCUGAUCGCCAUCGGCCUCAUAGUUGGUGCCAUCAUGCACUCAGUGAAAGAGGAGCCCCCUGCUGUGCUCAGCUCAAAUGUUUUCUUCCUCUACAUGCUGCCGCCCAUCGUCCUCGACGGCGGUUAUUUCAUGCCCACACGGCCGUUCUUUGAGAAUAUCGGCACGGUGCUGUGGUACGCCGUGGUGGGGACUCUGUUGGGAAGUAUUGGCAUCGGGCUGUCACUCUUUGCUAUCUGCCAGUUUGAGGUCUUUGGAGUUCAAGAUAUCAACCUGCAGGAGAACUUGCUGUUUGCUGCCAUCAUAUCGGCUGUGGACCCAGUGGCUGUGCUGAAUGUGUUGAGGAUAUUGGAGUCAAUGAGCAGAUAUAUUGUCAUAUUUGGUGAAGGGCUUUUCAGCGAUGCUGUCACAGUGCACGGAGGUGCAUCACUGUUGAGGACUCCGCGACUGGAGAAGGCCAAAGGCGAUGCCCACAUUUCACCUGGCUGCAGGAGACAGAUGGUUACUUUAUUAUCAGUCCGAGCCUGGAUCGAGCCCCUCUUUGUCUUCAUGUACAGCUACCUGGCAUACUUGGUGGCUGAACUGUUUGCCAUCUCCAGCGUUGUGGCCAUCAUCACGUGUGCCAUAACCAUGAAGUACUACGUGGAGGAGAACGUGUCCCAACGCUCCUGCACCACCAUUCGACAUGUAGUCAAGGUGCUGGCCAUCAUCUCCGAAACCAUCUUCUUUCUCGGCGUGGUGACCAUAACCACUGAGCAUGAGUGGAACUGGGCCUACAUUGUCUUCACGCUGGUGUUUGCUUUCAUCUGGCGGAGCAUCGGCAUUCUGGUUCUGACCCGCCGCGGAAUUCCUCCUGAGAAUUUAACAAGAUCUGUGUUCUUUUUGUGCAUCAGGUUUAAAAAGUUCAACGAUCAUAUUUUGAGGCGUAUCCUUCUCCAAGAGAACAAGGAAGAGUCCAGCAUUGUGUCUCUGUACAAGAGACUAGAACUGCAGAACGCCAUUGAGCUGCUGGACACAUCUGUGGGAGACAUCAGCGCAGCGCCAUCUGUUGUGUCUAUAAACGAUGACAGGAAUGAAGCCUCUCGACCAAAGAAGACGUUCUUGGCUGGUGAUGUGAGAAAAAUGCACGACAUCUUGUCGAAGUACAUGUACAAGAUCCGACAGAAGACACAAGCCUACACCAGCAAAUACAAUCUACCUGACAACAGCCAGGCCAGAGAGAUCUUGAUCCGCUGCCAUCCAACUGUCAGACGCAGUCUGCGUGCAAGUAGUUUCAGAGAUACGCCUUCACAGAACAUACCUCGGUCUCAGAAGUACUUCUCCCUCCAACCUGGAGGAGACCUGGAGUCUGCUUUCGCCCGCAGAAGACAUAGUCAGGGUGGGGGUGAUGAGGUGGUCCGACUCUCAGCUCGUCUCCAGUCUUCUGGGGUAUCACCACGCUCUUCAUUCAGAUCUUUCGUUCCUCUAAGAACGUUGAACACAAUCAGGGAAUCAGGGGACAGUUUACACAGGCUUGAAGACAACAGAGACCAAGAGUUUAGAUCUGCUGGAGAAGAAGAAGAAACGCCAAUUCCAACACCACCUCAAGUCUGGGUACCUGAGAAUCAGGAUCCCAGGGAGCACGGGGCAGGGAACCCCCUCCUCAGAUGCACAGCAGAGGGGUCUCAGGACUCAUGGAGGUCAUGACAGGAUGAACAAUUUGACUUUAGUAUUCGUAUUGUGCAUUGUAAAGGCCUAGUGCCCUAUCUUGAUGGUGUUAAGUGCAUGAUGCAGCUGGAUCUGGGAUGUGUCCAAGGCCUUUUUGCUCUCCAGAAGGAAUGAAAAUUCUCCACUAAGUUUGGCACUGAAUGCAAAGGGAGUAAAUUUAUCCUCUUUCUUGGUCAUGGCCAUGUUUUGAGCAUAACAUGAAAUAAACCAAUAAAUUCAACUCCAUUCCAUUCAUUUAUGCAAUGCCAAAUCAGAAAUAAGGAAUUCCCCUCAAACCAUCAUUAUUAUUAUUAUUAUUAUUGUUAUUAUGGAACUGCCGUCCUGUCCAGAGUGUACCCUGCCUCUUGCCUUGUGACUGCUGGUAUAUGCUCCUACUCUGGCCAGAGUAGGACCAUAUGAGGUCU